AUGUCAAUAAAUGGUGGGUCCAAUGUCCACGACCGCGUUGACCAGUUGGAGAAGUUGGUAACCACUCUGAUGGCUGAGAAGACUGGUGGGGACCGCAAGAGAAAGAACACGCUCCCUAGCGUAGCUUCACCGCUUCGCCUUGACCUCAACGACGAGAGCGCAAACAUUGAGGCUCCGAAGACCCCUGUGCAUAUGACUCUCGACAGCGACGAAACACAUUACACUGAUAGUGGUCAUUGGAUGAGUAUACUUGACAGUAUUUCCGAGCUCAAAGAUGAGCUUGACCAGAUAGCUUCCGAACCACAGCCAUAUAGUCACGCGGAUGACGAUGUUGGGCCAGAAUUGUUACUCGGUAUCAAAACCCAUGCAACCCGGCAAGAAAUCAUAGCAGGGCUUCCUGCCAAAGCUGAAGCCGACCAUCUUCUCGAGAGAUAUUACAACUUUGUGGACGUCGCACCUACUAUUAUGCACAGGCCGAAGUUCAAACGAGAAUACAACGAAUUCUGGAGGAAUCCGACCGAAACUCCGGUCAUGUGGAUUGGGAUGCUGUAUGGAAUCUUCGCCAUUGCCAUACGCAUACAAUCACUUAUUGAGGAGCAUGAUAACGGCAUUACCGAUCCGUCCCAACGAACAUUCUCGCAAGCUCGACAGGACCUGUAUCGACAAAAGAUCGCACAGUGCCUUGUCUUGGCAAAUUACACAAAAUGUCCGCCUUUCACCAUGGAAACCUUCCUCUCAUACUUCGUCGUCGAAUAUCUUCGAACGCGAGAUACACAGCAUGGUAUCUGGCUCCUGAUGGGUAUGCUCGUGCGAACUGCUUUCCGCAUGGGUCUUCACAGAGAACCAACAAAAAUAACUAACAACAGUCUCACCCCGUUCGAAGCUGAGAUGAGGCGUAGAAUGUGGUCCAUGGUCGUUCGACUAGAUCUCAUGUCGUCUGGGCAAAUAGGACUACCCCGAAUGAUCCACCCAGCAAUGACUGAUACACUCGAACCUCGCAAUCUUAUCGACGAGGAUCUCCAAGAGGACAUGGCUGAACUCCCGCCUUCAAGACCGGAUACGGAGUUCACCCCAAUGCUUUACACUAUAAUUCGAAACCGCGUUUUGGGAGUUUUCGCGCGUAUCGUGGAUCUAGUCGGUGCGAGCGAGCCACCCACAUACCGAGAAGUCCUUGAAUUAGACAAGGUCCUACGCGAUACAUACGAAAAAGUACCCGCGUCGCUCAAAGGUCUGAAUAUGCAGGACUUUGAUCCUUUCGCAGAAGGCGCAAUGUCGAUUGUGAUCCUUGGUUUAACAUUCUUGAAAGCGCUGGAGAUACUUCAUCGCCCAUUCCUAUUUCUAGCACAUGACGAUUCCAGACAUGAGUACUCCAGAACAGCUUGCAUAGAUGCCGCGCUUGAGAUUCUCGAUAUCCAACACAUGCUGGAAGUUAAGUCCCGAGAUAACAAAGACCUUUGGGGAGCACAAUCAAUGUGGUGGACAUCGAGCUGGCGCCUAUCGUCGUUGAUGAGCCACGACUUCCUUUUGGCUACCACUAUGCUGGUUAUCGAUCUGAAUCGAGACCUAGCGAAUCCAAUGCCAGCUAGUCAAGUACCCAGAGAACGCUUUAAGAGCGGACAGCCAACACGCGAUGAAAUAAUUCCUGCCUUGAUAAGAGCCCAUGCGUUCUGGGCCCGGCUGAGCCCAAAGUCAAGAGAAGCUCGAAGAGUGGCCGCCGGUGCCAAGCAUGUGCUCGGAAAAGCAGGUAUUAGUGGGUUCACUCCCAGCUGUAAGAGACCCACACUCCUGAAUGUACGCGGCGCAUCAGAGCCUCGGAGGCAGUAUAUCCCUCUGGGUUAA